GUUUAGAUUUGAUUUUCGCAGCUUAACUCGCCUAUUUUAUACAUAAUCAUAAUUCUAGCAAAAUAAUAUCGGAUAUGUACAUAAACAUUAGAUUGUAAUGAAAGAACUAAUUAUCUAGGGCAGAGGGUGCAUUAAUCAACAAAAGUUCGUCAUGUCUGCAUCUGCUGCAGAGAUUGAACUGGCUGAAGAGCAGGGAGCUGAAGAGGCUGCAGAGCAAGGAAGAAAACAAGGAAAACAGUCAACAAGCAAGGCAGAAAACAGCAUGCAAGUGAAGCCCUUAAAAAUAGAAAAUGAAAGCACAGAAUGGCCUCUGCCUCCUAAUAAGUGGGGAAACAAUUACUGUUGCGUUCGAGGUUGUCCAAAUCGAAGAAAGUACCAUCAAGUCAAUCAUGUCUACGGAAUUUCCUUCCACAGUUUUCCACGAAACCCUCAUACGUGUAAAAAGUGGUUGGAUUUUUGUGACAACGAGAAUUUGGAUGCAUUGUCGCUGGAUCGUGUUGCUAACCGUCUGUUUGUCUGCUGUUGGCAUUUUGACUCCAGCGAAAUCUCACAUGACAAAAAGAAUAGGCUUGCUUUCACUGGUCUAGUGCCUCAUUUAAGGCCACCUCGGCCAAAAAACGUCAUUGAAGUUUUACCAGGCGACGAAAGGCUAAAAGCAAACCAUUCAGAUGAUCCCAGCAACACGAAACCAGAAAGCAAUUCAGAAGGCCAAGGCCCCUCAGAAACUGAAAUUUCAUCCUCAAGCCCAGUGUACAUGGCAACCCGACCAAUUCCGUCAAAAAGGGCAAAAGGGACACUUAAAGUCACAAACAUGGAAGCCGAAGUGACGAAAAAACCUAAUACUGUUUCUAUCUUACCCAAUCCUACCCAAGGAAUGGUGCUGUUGAAAAGGGAUGUUGCCACUGGUACUUUGACUCCAGUCCCUGGUGCUCCAAUACCUAAGUUGCCAGUUCCCAAAGUUGCUAAGAGGGUCACAAUUGCACAGCGGGCAAUACAUCCGACCCUGGGUCCUGGUAUAGUUCUGCAGCAAUUGUCUCCUGCAAUACAAGGGGACCCAACAAAGAGAUUGAUUGCUCCUAAUUCUGUUAUUUUCUGUCAAAAUUCCAAGAGGCUGGUGAAAGUUCACGAGGUAGCCAAUGAUAUGGAGGUCGAGGUCCCUGGCAAGGAAUCAGAAAGUCCCUCUAAUUUGGAAAGCUCACCUGCACCAGGUCAACCUAGUGGUGGUGUUGAAAGGGUGGUUGUAAAGAGGCAUGGUGUUGACACUUCAGCAAGACUGAUCUAUAGUCUUCUUGGAAAUAGCCUCACAGGAGCUGUGCCCCUAGAUGCCGUCGUUUCUGCUAGUACAGUACUGCCGUCAAAGCCUUCCAACCCAUCCAAACCCUGUAACACACCUAAUUCUUCCAAACCCUCUAGCCCUUCUAAACCCUGCAGUCCCUCCAAGUCUUCUAAAAAUCCCAAACUUCCACUCAUUAGCACGCAAAGGGUGCUAAAAAAGAUUCAGACAACAAAUCGGCCAUUUCAGCCUCAGAAGUUUCUUGGCUUGCAGAAACAUGACACUAGUGCUACUUCAAACACAGAACCAAGCUCAGAGCCUGCUUCUAAAAGAAUUAAAACUGAUGAAAGCAACCAGGACGAACUUAAAUCUGCAAGUGGUGAAGUCUCUGCAAAAACGACUGACAAGCAAUCCGAAAUCAUUGACGAAGGUCCGAAAUUGCCUGGGCUAGAGCCAAUAGAAGCUUCAGAUUUUAGUGCAGCUAUUAGGAGAAUGCCGAAGGACUUUUCUCCUUCUUCCCACCAUCUUUAUGCCGUCACUGAUGCAAAUUUAUGGAAAGUUCCUAUUGGUACUCUACUCUCAUUCAAGAUGAGUUUGCUGGAGGCUAUUUUGUCCGAGAAGAGCGUGUCUAAACCAAACAUUCUCAGCAGAAAUCGCAACACUCCACUAAAUCAGAUUUCCAAAGAUCAAUUCCAGAAGAUUAAACUGCUGGGCAAUGCCGUUUUUGACAGGGGUCAACUACUGACUAAGAGUACCUUAGUUGAAGUGAUUGCUUCAAAACAAGCCUACAUUGUGCCCAGUACAAAGAACAAGCCGUCUAAGGUUCCAGCCAAGAGACAAUUGGUACCUGAAAAAGUACUAGACAAACAAGCCUCACCAGCUUCUACUACUUCAGAAAGCUCUGAAACCUUAGAAAUGGUAGACAACUGUAUGCUUGAUCCUGCAGGUGACAUCCCUGUUGACGAAUCGGCUUUGGCGAACCAAAACUCUGAAUUAAAUAGACAAGAAGUCAGCCAAACCUCUUCUUCUGGUAACAUCCCUGUUGAUGAAUCGGCUGCAAGCAACCAAAACUCUGAACAAGAAAAACCAGAAAUUAGUCAAACCUCUACAUCUAGUGCCACAAAAGUGCAAAAAAGGAAGCAAAAAUCUCCAGUCAAAAAAGGGCCCAUACAAAGCAAGGAUAGUGUGUCGGCUCCUUCAGAAGAACCUAAAAGUCUAAAUUCAGUUUUGUCUUCAACUAAGAUGUUCCCUGUUCUUGGUACAAUAUCGGCUCUACCAGGACAGAUUUCCACUCCAUUAAAUAAUCUGGCUCCUACCGCAUUGCCGGUUGUGGCCCCCCAGAGACAGUUAGUCAUGCUUCCUGAUGGGACACUUGGGACUUUGGUCAGCAACCCACUUGCUCCGCCUCUUGCUCCCAUCAACAUUCCACCACCUGCUGCUGAAGUGCCAAAAGAGAAUGAGCAACAACCGAAGAAGAAAAGGUCGGUUGCUACUCCAACUUCAAUUCGUAUUCCACCCAGUGUCACAGCAGCUCUCAAAGAAAAGCUGCCAAUGCUUGUUGGCAAGGAGGGAGAACUGCGAGUCUCUAAAGGAAGUUUCCAAAGUAUCUUGAAUGCACUUGACGAGUUGCAUUACCGAGUCGAUUAUCGUGGCCAUGUUGUGCCAAAAUUACAGAAGAAUUGCAGGCGCAUCGCUAACGUAAUACCAGGACGAAUUGCAAAUGGUCCACCCAGAGACCUGAAGCAAGAGGCUCUUGAUAGAGAGGCCAAGAAAGAAGCAAAAAAACGAGUCCCCCGCAACCGCAUCAAAGAUUCCGUGGAAAAAAUGUACAGGGAAAUCACUUUGCUCCGGCGCAGAAACAAAUACCUUGCUGCACAGAUGGAAAAAAUGAAGACUAAGCCACUUACCAAGCAGCAAAAACGAAAUGUGACUAUUGAGACAAUGAAGGAAGUUUUCAACAAAGAGCAAUUUAUGUUCUUCAUGAGCCAGUUGGAAAACGCUGGAAAGUUGGGAGGUUCUGGAAACCGAUACGAACCAGAGCUGUAUGAGUACUGUGCCUCAAUUUACCUUGAAAGCCGUAGAGUGUACAGGAAGUUGAGGACCACUUUCCACUUGCCUGCUCACCACAGUCUGGAGAAGAACGUGCCCGAACCGAAGUACUUUGUACUGCCCAAAAGGAAACAGUAUCCCAAGAAAAAGACUUACACUUACCCCAAGAAAAAGGCUCAGCAGCAAGAUGGAGAAACUUCUGUGAAAAGCAGAAAACAACCAUCUGCUGGAGGUGGCGGAAAGAAAGAAACCAAGGCCAGGCCUAAAAAAAAUCCCAAGGGGAGCAAAAAAUCUCUGGCCGAAAUUGUGCAAGAGGCCACUGUGGAGGAUCAGCAUGUCUUUAAUGAUGGUAUAUAUCAGGAUGACUACAGUGGAAUUCAUGAUUUGCUGCAAACGCUAUGAUCUUCCAAAUUUAGCAAGAAUUUAAAAUAUUUGUUACACAAAGGAUAAAAUAAAUCAAAUACAUAUUAUACAAAAAUUACUUUACUAUUAU